UCUGCCAAUAGGGGAGGAGCACGCAUGUGGAAUUCAGGAAGUUCCAAACCCAUACUGAGAAUAAAUGCUGUCCCACUGUAAUACACAGCUCAGUGACAUUGAACAGCAGAUACAAAGUUUCCCGUGCAUGACAGCAUAACACUGUAUUUCACUGAAGACUGUCUUCAAGCAACGAUACAGAUAUCUGUCUCCGUAAUAUGACAACAGGCCAUGGAGAACCCUGCGAAUUUGAACAGAGCCUUUUCUGUCUGAAUGGAGGGAUUUGUUAUAGGAUAGCUUCUGUUUCUGGUCCGUUCUGCAAAUGCAUUGGAAAAUACACAGGCACCCGUUGUGAAGGAGUGUUUCUAGCUGCGGAAAAACAACAGCCCAAAAGUGAAUAUUUGGUCAAUAUCCUGGUUUUUGCUGUUUUCUUAGGGCUACUGUUUAUAGGUUUAAUCUGCUUUCUCUGCAGACGAAAAUUGAACAAUCGUAGUGAAGAUGUACCAUAACAGAUAGCCAUGGCAUCCAGCAUAGAUCCAUAAUAAUCCACGAGUUCUGAAGAGGUUGGACACUUUACGGAUGUUGGAUCCCUGGCCACUAUUUCAGUUGAACAGACAUAAUACAAGAGACAUUGUAACAUUAUAAUGGGUUCUUGCUUGUUGCAUGCUGAUUUGGGAACGUCAUGUGCCUAUAGGUCUAGCUGUUAUGCUCUUUGGGAAGCUGUCAUGAAACAUCUGCGGUACAAUCUGGGAUUGGUCACUUGAAUUAAACUUUUUCCCCCAAAAUGCAACCAAACAAAUCUAUUAAUAUUCAGUAGAUUCUGGAAUCUUCAAGAAUAAGAUUUUGCAAUAAAUCUGAACAUGUUAAGAUCAUUGAAUGCCAGUGAUCUAGAAUAGAAUGUAGGGUGCUGUUCUAAUCUAGUGCACAACUUGCUUACGGGUUGUGCUGUAGUUUAUUUAGAUUCGAUGCUGGUGCCAGGCCUACGCUAUAAUAAAGCCCGUAGGAGUUUCAGGCAAACAGGAGACCAUGUAAAAUAGCUUCUUGAAUUAGUACCUCCAGUAGGGCCAUUAAAGCCAAACAAGCCAAGCGCAUUUCAUAUCUUUAUAUAAUAUCUAGUACAGCAAUUAGACUCAGGCUGUGGCCAUGAUGGGACUUCAAUAUUGGUUGUUAGCAUCUUAAAAUAAUUAAGUACUUAAUAAAAUCGCAGUGUAAAUUGUCAA